UUUACAACUAUUUAACACUCAUUUUAAAUUAGAAUAAAAAUACCUUACUAAUAAUAUGUCUCGGCAAUCAAAUUAUUUAUCUAUAUCGGAUAUAUUGGUUACUAAUGAAAAAAUACCUUGUAAACUUCUACAUGAUUUGCCUAAAAUGGGAUUCUUAGAUCCUUCAUCAACUGAAGAUGAUUUGAAAAUGGGAACAAACGUUGAAAUACCUCUGUGGCUAGCGGAAUCUUUAUAUUUCCGAAGACCUCCAUUGGUUAGUGUUGACCUGCCAAAAAUAUAUAAAGAAGCAUAUAGAGAAAUACUGAAUGCAGAUGCAUGUACAGUAGACUUGCAUAAAUUAGGUCAACAUUUUUAUGAACUUGGCUGUUAUAUAGCAAAACAUGAUAUAAAAGGUGAAGUUGCUAAUACACUGAUUAAUACUUUCAGGCAAAGGUUUCGUAUGAUAUUAUCUGCUAGUUCUUCAAGUGAUUCCAUCAGUUCAUUGCAACCAUUAUCGGAAAGUGAAAGGGAACGCACAGCUGCUGCUGCGGUGACUGAAAAAGCUUUAUCCCUAUGGUUGCAGAGAGGAGACUGUCCAUUAAGCACUGCUAAUAUGGUCGCUAGUCAUAGGAAACGGAAAAGAGCUGAAAUGGAAAUGUUUUGAAAUGUUAUAAGAAAUUUUGGAAGUCUCACUUGUUUAUUGUCUUUAAGAAUUCUUGUUUGUUAAGUAAAUACUAAAGAUAAUAUAAAUACGGAAAUUUAGAUGGAUGAAAGGAUGUUACUAUGUGUCUCCAUGACACAAUAAUGGAUCCCACUGAAGAAAUGUUGAACACAGGCUUCUAUUUGUUUUUUUUUUUAAAUAUUGCGCAGACAUUGCCACAGUUGACAGCUAGUGUUUAAUUAUUUCAAUAAUGUGAAUGAGUAUGAAUGAAUAUUUAAAUAAUUUAUCUUGUAAGUAAAA